AGAGCGUGAAUGAAAACAGAACUUGAGAGUGACUCGAGAAAAAGAUUUAUUUUGUGGCCAGACUUGAGUAGGGCAGCUUGUGGGUAUGGUGGCAUGGGCGUGUAGGAUGCGGCGGUGUGCAGGAUGUCUCGUGUAGGGGGAGGGGCCAGGAGCAAGCCCAGGAGCUCUCAGGAUGUGUGUGCAGACUGUGGGGCGCCAGAGCCGGGCUGGGCAUCUAUAAACCGAGGUAUACUAAUCUGUGAUGAGUGCUGCAGUGUGCACAGGUCUCUUGGAAGACACAUAUCUCAAGUCAAGUCACUCAAAAAAGGAACAUGGAAUCCUACGCAACAUGCUAUGGUGCACAAUUUAUAUAGCAGUGGUGCCAACAACAUAUGGGAACAUACACUGCUUGACCCUAGUGUAGCCAAGACAGGAAGACGUAAGCCUCACCACAAGGAUCCUGUUCACCCAACCAAAGCUGACUUCAUCAGAGCCAAACAUCAGAUGUUAUCGUUUGUUUACCGACCUUUACGGGAUGAUCCAAGUGGGAAUGAUGGGGAUUUAAGUCGGCAGCUACAUUCCAGUGUUCGAACUGCCAACCUAGAAACCUCUUUACGGUUGUUAUCUCAAGGGGCUGAUCCUAAUUAUUAUCAUAAGGAAAAAUGUUGCUGUCCAUUACAUGUUGCUGCUCGGGCUGGGCAAGCAUCUCAAGUAGAACUAUUAAUGAUAUAUGGAGGUGACCCUGGAGCACAGGACUCACAAGGCAAUACUCCUGCACACUAUGCCAGUGAAUCUAAUCAUCUGGAUUUGGCUGAGCACUUAAUUGAAUGUCAGUAUGAGUUGACGGAUCGUUUGGCCUUCUACCUGUGUGGCCGUAAACCAGAUCAUAGCAUUGGCCAGCACUGGAUCAUACCAGAGAUGGCCGACUCAUUAGACAUGUCAGAUCUGGCCAAAGAAGCAAGAGUCAAACUGCAGUCAUUGCCAAAUCAUUUAUUUGAAGAGCUGGCUUGUGAUGUCUAUGAUGAGGUUGAUCGACGUGAGACAGAUGCUAUAUGGUUGUCACUACAAAAUCAGAGUGCUCUGGUAAGCGAUCGCUGCACGGUACCAUUUCUUCCAGUCAACCCAGAGUAUUCCUCGACUAGAAACCAAGGUCGACAAAAGCUGGCUAGGUUCAAUGCAAGAGAGUUUGCUACUUUAAUUAUUGAUGUUUUGUCUGAUAUUAAGAGACGUCAGUCGGGGAUCGCCUCUCCAUGUGCAACUUCUAAAGAUAAAGCAGUAACCACAGCUGUCCAGAGGGCUGACAGGGCACGGGACCCCUUCUUCGCCUGUCCCUCUCCUCCACACAUGUUCACCAAUCCUGAGGACCAUUCCCCGUCUUCUGCUUUAUCUAUAUCCUCUGAUACUUUAAUAUCGGACUUCGGUGACGUGACGUUGACACUGCCUAACUCUCCCAAAGUAAACCUCCACAACAACAUGUGCUUAAAUGCAAGGUUAAUAACUCCCCCAACAUCAGUGACUGCACCUGUUAACUCCUCUCCUGUGUUAAUAAACAAGGAGCAUCAGCAUCAAAGACCAGUACUAAACUCUCUAACUUCUAUUUCAUCUACUGCAAGUCUCAUAACACCUUCUACAACAGACUCCUCAGGCACAUCCUCUAGCACAGGGCUGUCUACUACUGCUGUCACAGACACUUCAAGCACCUCUAGUACAAGUCUCAUCACCACUAUCACAGAAACCCAGUCAGGCCCAUCCUCACUCUCCUUCAAUAAUACCAUAGCUGCCAACAACAACAACAAGGGUGAAAUGACAGAUGACGGGGAACCCCUAUAUGACUCUGUGGCAUCUGAAGAUGACUACUCGUGUUUGGAACAAAUUCAGAAGCUCUCACAACAAAAGCUAUUUUUGGAAGAGCAGAGACGACAGCAUCAACUGGACGAACUUUACAGUGAGCCAAGCAGUGAGCUGAUGGCAAGCAUUGAUUCGUCAGUGAGCUUAGAGGCUUAUUUGGAAAUGAAGGAGAAACUGGAAUCAAGUGAAGCUCGGAUACAAGAGUUACAGAACAACAAUGCUCACAUGCGUUCACAGUUAGACGAGCUUAGUUGCACUGUGCGUAAACUGAUUCGUGAGCGAUCGUACCUCCAGUCAGCAUCACCUCAGCACAAAACUCGGUGCUCUUCUGGGGUGCAGGGAGCACUGCGUCAGUUGGUGAGUAGUGCCAGCAGACUGCAGACUGAGUGCCGCGGACAUCUUGCCUCUCAUGCACACACCCUCGAUCCAAAGUUUGUUACCCAGCAGGUUAUACAAUGUGCGUAUGACAUAGCCAAGGGUGCAAAGGUGUUGGUAACACACUUCCAGUGAAAGUUAAGCAUUGGUAAUAAUAUAUUUACUUAGGUUCUUCUAUCUCUAAUGAAGGGAAAUAGUAUACUUCCAGUUGAAUAAUAGUGUGAAAUGUUUGCAAUGGCACGGGUCAUGUUCCUCCUCCUCAUGCACUGCAGUCACAGUUAAUCUUCAUCCUACUGCACAUAAGACUAGUAUUGUAGAUCAACUAGACAAACCAGUCUUUAUGGCAUUUUCUGAAGAGUAUUGGCUGUGAGUGAGCAAGUUAAAAUAUGUAGGUAAUUAUAUCCUGAUUUUUUUUUAAUUGUUAUUAUUUCUUCUGUGACUGCAUCUUUUUUUUAGUGAAAUAGGUAGCAUGCUUUUAAUGCAAAAAUAAUGUAUAUCAAAGUAUAUGCAUCCUACUCUUGAAACAAAAUGGAAAGUCUGUAUAUCUGUGACUGAAUUCAGAAACUACAACUUUGAAUCAAAAGGACAUCAUGUAUUUUCAUAUAGUUUUAUUGUGAAUAUGGUGAGAUGGAUGGAGACGUACGUAUACAUGUACGUAUAUGCAUUUUUAUUUAUCAAAUAAGAUUAAAGAAUUUUGCAAGCAUUUCACUAAACAAAAAGAAACUGGUUUUUCUAGUGUUUACUGUGUAUGUAACAAAAGAAAAAUAAGACUUAAUAAGAUUUCAACUGUAAGGAAUCUCUAUGCCUAUAUUUCAGCGUGGCAGCAAAAAUAUGCCAUAGUAAUGAUUUUUAUGUCCCUUAUAGGGACUUGGAAUAAUUACUGUAAGAGCAAAAAGGUUAUUCAUUCAAUGUGAAUGCAUUUUUAUCUUGGUUUCUUUGUGCAUUUCCAAAAGCAAAAUAGUACGUGUGCAAAGGUGAAUGUGGUGCUGAAGUGACAGGCAGUAAUUGUAUAAACAUAACACGUUUGGCUUCAAUGAUACAGGUGCUCCUUAACUUACAAUGGAGUUAGGUUCCAACAAACCCAUCGUUAGUCGAAUGUGAAUAUUAUAUGCUAAAUAAAUAAAUAAAUAAAUAAUUAAAUACUGUCAUUGAAUAAGUAGAUAAAAUAGUUACUGUAACUAGAUACCAAUAUUAAAAAGUAAAUAAAUGAAUAUAAGUUACGGACUUACCACCUUCACGUUGGGUAAUUAUCUCAAGUUUCAUCUCCAGAGUAAGUGCUUUUGCAUCAUAGUCAAAAUAAGUUGAACCAUCAUAAGUCGAGGAGCACCUGUAAUAACAACAACCUAGAUUGUGGCUUGUUUGAUUAUUUUCAGGCUCAUCCAAAACAUUUUCAAUUACAUUAAAAAUACAGUGCUCUCAUAAUUCGUGCAGCUGUAACCUGCAUUUUCAGAAAGUUUGUCAUUUAUUUAAAUAUUGUGUCCAAGACCUUGAAUCAUGCGUGAUAAACAGCUUUGAAGCAAGUUGCAGUUAUUUUUGUCCAUGUCAAGGGCAAGGCCAUUGCUUUAGGGAAGGUCUAGUAUUACACCUUGGUGUACAUACUCGGACAAGUUGUCAUUUGGCUUCUGGAGGUGACCUUUACCAUACUCUCUAAUGCGUAUCAUUUAAUUUUCGAUUGUUUCGUCACCCUAUCUUGUCUCUGGCACACUAAAAGAAUUCUGAUGGUGCUGGAGGUGCCAAGAAGAAAAAUUGUGAAACUGAAUGUUUUCCAAGAAAGUUUGGGCAAAUAUUCAUCAAGGUUUGUAGUGGUGAGAGUCUUGCAUGAAUGCUGAUAACCCAUAAUUACCCUGUAAUUGCACUCUCUCAUGUCUUUAAUAAGUCAUUUGUGUAUCCUGCUGUACUUAAGUGAAAAAUAUCAAACAUGAAAGUUAUGAUCUAGUGGCCCGUACGUCAUAUGAUGAGGCAACCACGGGAAAUUUUCCUGACAAGUAUGUAGCCCAAAAAGACUGCAUCAACCAUAUCUAUAUACUUAAGUGGCAACAAGGAAUUGAAGGCAAGAUAAAAUUCUUUUUUGUUACUUUUUUUUUUUUUUUUGCUUAUUUAACAGGAAAAAGUUGUGUAGUAAAGUGAAGAGAAUACAUCAGUUGAUAACUGGACCAAGGGAAAUUUCCCUGCUAGGUCUCUGGCCUAGGGAGGUCACAUAAACAAUCUUGACACACUUCUGUAGCAAUAGGUAGGAGGAAUAAGAAAUUUAAGGUAGGUUGAAUUUUUUUUAGUCACUUUUUAUCAUAUAUCAAAUGAGAAAAUUAUCUUGGUGGUAAUUUUGAGGGUCGUCAUUGCUGAUUCCUUGUUGCACUUUACCUCCCAGUUUCAGUGACAGGAAUAUGCAUUCAACUUAGCUCAGUCAGCAAAAGGUUUCCUCCAGCAUUUAGCAAAGGUAGGUGGUAGUUUUAGGUAAUGGUGGUAGACGAUUGUAGUAGUAGCUGAUAACAUUACUGGCUAGCCUUUUUAGCUGCACGUACUCUUGUUUUUGACUAUCUUCAUCAGAAUUUAAGGUGAGAAAAGUUGUUUUAAAUAAUCUCUUUAUCUUCAUGUAUGGUCCAGUUGUUGGCCUUUAUCGAGUUAUCCUAGGUUAAUUAUUUAAUGUACUUAUGUGCCCAUAGCAUCUCUAAGGUAUCAAACACUAUUAUUUUCAAUGUAUGUUAUUCACGCUGUAAGUUGCAGUUUCAUAAAUGGUGCCAAUUUGAAGAACCCAACCUGUGCGAAUUAUCAGAGUACACUGUAUAACUCAAAAUUUACUAGACAAUGCAACCAGAUUUUAUGAAAAUGUAAUACUCGUUCAGGAGAAUUAUCAUUUUAUCAGAACUUUAUUGAUAUACUCUUGUUUACCAUAACUUAUAUUACUGAAAGUUAUUUGAAUAGUAAAUGUAUCUUUUUUGUUCAUAGUCUUAGGCAAAAAAAAUUUAAGAAUAAAUUUUUAUUAAAAUUUAAAUUUGCAGGAUUUAAAUUGUAAAGAAUGUUAAAAAUUUCACAAUUGAGAGAUGGAAUAAUCUUAAUUGCGAAGUUUUUGUAAUGGAGGUACUAUUGGUGACAGCAUGAGGUGUAUGAUUUCAGCUUGACAGUUUCAUUAGUUUCAUAGCACAAAUGAAUAAUUAUAAAAACUAAUCAUGAUGUUUGUUCAGUCUUUAAUUUAUCUUAAUUUCAUAUGUUACUUCCCACAUUUGUUGAAAUAUUAUAGUAGGGAUAAUUUUCUGUAAGCACAUUUACUUUUAUAAUUAAAAUUGCAUAUUUUAGAGGUUAAAAAAAUAAUUAAAAAUAGCUAAAGGCAGCUAGGUUUAAAUAAAAUAACAGCUGAUAGCCCUUACAGUACUUAGUUGUAUUGGUAUCAUCAAUAGACAGAAUAUCAAUGUUCGGAGAUCAGCGAGUCACUGUAGUAGACUAGAGAGGCAUCAGAGUUUGCUACUGUUAUCUGAAGAUCUAUAAUGAUUGUUAGUUUUUAAAUUUGAUAAUUGCUAGAUGUAUGCUAAUAUUGUGCCUAAUGAGCAAAAGUCAGUCAAAUGUGCCAACUGCCUUUAAAAAAGUGUUUUAAAAAUAUGUUAUGCAUUUAUUUAUAUGUUAAUAUGGUUUAUUAUGGAAUUCAAACAGUUUUACACCAAAACUAACUUAGCAACCUACCCUAACCUUGCUAAAUUAAUGUUAUAUAGCCUAAUCCUAUCAAUCUUGAGCCUAAAUUAAUUUAGUAUUUAACAUUAUGAUGUAUUUUUUUUUUUUUUUUUGUGCAGUGUUACUGCAAUAAUGAAUUUUCACUUGGUCUUACAAGGUAAAAGUGGCCAAAUAAGCUGAGGCAGCAAAUUCAAUUUAAAAACUGAAUACACUCUAGGGAAACAUAAAAUAAUUUCUAGUAGAAUUUUGUUAUAUAGUAUACUAUGUGUAUUACUUAUUUACCAAUGUCAGCUGUACUGGUGCUUUUGAUUGUUAUUGGUGUGUGCACAGUAACUUUUAUGUAGAAUUAGUCAAUAAACUUUAGAUGCAUGAGGGGAAAUAUUACAAGUAUCAGUUUUGGAAAUCAUGGAAUAUAUGACCUGUCAUUGUUAAAACAAUAGUUGUAAGAUAUUGUUAAUCAUAUAUAUUGUAAAGUGUAAUUUUUGUGAAUAAGGUAAAGUUAGACAUUUGAUUCAUGCAGAUGUUGAUCAUUUACCAUGAUAAUCAUAUGAUUGUUUGAAAUGAGGGGAAAAUAGUUAUCUGUUGGAAAAUAAUUGUGGGAUAUGGUUUUUCAAUUUAUGUGGCUUGCACCUAGGAAAAAACACCUGGCCAGAUGAAGUUGACUUGCUCUGACACAAAGUUGGGACUAGGGGGUAGAGGGGGGAGGUAGGAAAGAGCAGUAGGGGAAAUACGAAUUCAUAGACUCUUAGUAUGUGCACUUUAAUCCAGACAGACAGACAGGCUGGUUGAUUGGUGGUGGAGAGACAAGGGAGGGUAAAAAGGAGGAGGAUUAUAAUUGAAUUUUGGAUUUAAUUUCUUGGUUGAUUUUUGUCCAAUUACAUUUUCUUUUAGUAUAUAGCUAAUUGGUGCCUGUCUGAUAUGCUCAUAAUUUUUCACACAUGGGUUAUCUUACCAUGGUAGAUUGACCCAAAGAAAAAAGCACAUUUACCUAUUCAUUCAAUAACUGUCCUCCCAGAAGUGGGCAGACAAUUCAAAUGGCCCUCUGACCUAGGUAAUACAGUGCAGACACUGUAUUAACCACCUCCGGAACUGUCUAAUUGACUGAUUUUCCUAAAUCUCGCCAAAAGUGCAUCAGGUCCCCCCAAACCACUUGUCUCCUACCUAACAUGCUUGCACAAACUUGCUGGCCACUCGAGCCCCUAGCACUCAAAAUCUCUUGUAUACUGCCCCUCCUCCAACCUUCAAAAUAUAUUGGUAAAAAUUAGCAAUGUGGACUCCUCUCUCCCUAAUUUUUGUAAAGGGUUUAUAAUAGACUUUUGAAUUUUAUUUUUCCUCAGUUUUUCAGUGAAAUUUUUUUUCUUUUUUUUACCUCUCAACAAGUCGGCCGUCUCCCACCGAGGCAGGGUGACCCAAAAAGAAAGAAACUCCCCAAAAAGAAAAUACUUUAAUCAUCAUUCAACACUUUCACCUCACUCACACAAUCACUGUUUUUGCAGAGGUGCCCAGAAUACAACAGUUUAGAAGUAUAUACGUAUAAAAAUACACAAUAUAUCCCUCCAAACUUCCAAUAUCUCAAACCCCUCCUUUAGAGUGCAGGCAUUGUACUUCCCAUUUCCAGGACUCGAGUCCGGUUAUAUAAAAUAACUGGUUUUCCUGAAUCCCUUCACUAAAUAUUACCCUGCUCACACCCCAACAGCUCGUCAGGUCCCAAAUACCAUUUGUCUCCAUUCACUCCUAUUUAACAUGCUCAUGGACGCUUGUUGGAAGUCCAAACCCCUCGCCCACAACACCUCCUUUACCCCCUCCCUCCAACCUUCUCGAGGACGACCCCUACCCCGCCUGCCUUCCCCUGCAGAUUUAUACGCUCUCCAUGUCAUUCUACUUUGAUCCAUUCUCUCUAAAUGACCAAACCAUCUCAACAAACCCUCUUCAGCUCUCUGACUAAUACUUUUAUUAGCUCCACACCUUCUCCUAAUUUCCACACUCCGAAUUUUCUGCACAAUAUUUACACCACACAUUGCCCUUAGUCAGGACAUCUCCACUGCCUCCAACCACCUCCUCGCUGCAGCAUUUACCACCCAAGCUUCACACCCAUAUAAGAGUGUUGGUACUACUAUACUUUCAUACAUUCCCUUCUUUGCCCCCAUAGAUAACAUUUUUUGCCUCCACAUAUACCUCAAUGCACCACUCGCCUUUUUUCCUUCAUCAGUUCUAUGAUUAACCUCAUCCUUCAUAAAUCCAUCCGCUGACACGUCAACUCCCAAAUAUCUGAAAACAUUCACUUCUUCCAUACUUCUCCUCCCCAAUUUGAUAUCCAAUUUUUCUUUAUCUAAAUCAUUUAAUACUCUCAUCACCUUACUCUUUUCUAUGUUCACUUUCAACUUUCUACCUUUACACACAUUCUCAAACUCAUCCACUAACCUUUGUAAUUUUUCUUUAGAAUCUCCCAUAAGCACAGUAUCAUCAGCAAAAAGUAACUGUGACACUUCACAUUUUGCAUUUAAUUCCCCAUAAUUUAAUCCCACCCGUCUCCCGAACACCCUAGCAUUUACUUCUUUUACAACCCCAUCUAUAAAUAUAUUAAAUAUUAUGUAUUAUAUAUUACAAAAUUAUAUAUUUGUAUAUAAUUGGUUGAUGCCUAUCUGGUAACUUCAUAAUUUUUUGAUAAACAUAAGUAAUGUGUUUUCCUACAAUUUUGUAUUAUAUGGGGUUUAUGAUUGAAUUUUAUUUUUUUUUCCAAGUGUUUUAUCAACCAAAAUCAAUUAUUUUUUGUAUAUGACCAUAUAGUGCAUAUGCAAUAAGCUCGUAUUUUUUUGGUAAAAUUUAGUGGAGAAAUGUGAAAGUGAAAAUUUGUUCAUGUUAUGUUGGGUUCACUUUGUACCCAUUGGCCAGGAAUGUAUCUGUUACAUAAAACAAGGGAGAAGACCUCUAUAAUUAUUGCAGGUUGGCUACCACUAAUCCAGCAUCAUUGGGACCUGUAGUGUGCCGGAUUAGUGAGUUUGCCGGAUUACAGAGUGGUUAGGUUAGAAUAACCUUUCUGCUAUAUCUUAAUUUUCAUUGCUUUCUCCUCCACUGGCUUGCUGCUGUGGAUUUACAGCCAUCUGCACAAUUUCAGAGUCAGUAUAAUGAUGAAAUUUGAAAUAAUGCUAGCCGAAAUUAGUGCUGGCUUACUGAUGGAACCGGAUAACUGACUACUGGAUUAGUGAUGGCCGACCUGCUACUGCAAUCUUGUCAUAAAAGGUUUAUUAACAAAUCUUUAGAAUUUGGAGGGAGGUGUCAUGCUUUCAUUCAGGAUGGAGUCUUCUGAACUGUGAUGUCAGCAUGCUUUUGGCAAGACAGUGAUUGAAUGAAUGAUGAAAGUUUCUUCUUUUUCAAGUCACCCUGAUCUUCAUUGGGGGCUCCUUGAUGUGGCAGAGGGGCUCUUGGUCUUGGGAAUUAAACCCUUUGGUCUCCUUCCUCUGACAGAACCCAGUUACCCCCCACUCCUCCCUUCCCUAUCCCAUCCUCCUCAUCCCCCCCUUUUUUCUGCCCUCUCAACCCUCCCCUUACCCUGUCCCAUUUGUAGUCUCUAGGGUUCUCCCCUCUGGCAUUAUGGUUUCUAGGUAGGGAGAAGUGUGCUGAGGUUCAUCUCACUCCGUGGGGUUCCUCGGGGGUGGUGUAGUUUGCCGUGGAAUCUGAAUUGUCUGGAGUGCCCUGCUUCCUUCCCGGAUUUCUGAGAAGUGGGGAGGUGUCCUGCAGAUGGUGGGUGUAUCUCCAGAGGCUGCCUGUUGGUUAUGGGAGGUGACAGUCGAAGGAGGUAUGCUUUGUGGUGGAUUUCCAACCUCCCCCUCUUUUGUCCGCCGAGGUAGUUCAAUAGAUGUGAGGUCGCUAACCCGGAUCGCUGGUUUACUGGCGUGAAGGGUAGGGUAUUGCAUGGGUUCCAUGCUGCAUCUACACUGCUAGUGGGCGCUAGGUCCUCUUGGAUGAGAGGAGGAACUUACGGCCCUUCCAUGCCUUCUAGUGACUGUCCUUCCGCUAUCUCUUCUUUUUCUUUCCCUCUUUCUUUUUUUCAUUAAAAUAACAAAGAAGCAUCACUAUCAUGGAGUCUUCAUUCUGUGAUAACCCUCCUCCCAGGCCCCUUUCUGUUCCCCCAUCCUGUUCUGACCUGGCUUCGUUAUUAGACCAUUCUCUAGACUCUUCUCGUACCCCUGUACCUUCUGUGGGCGAUGCUUUGUCCAGGUGGUGGGGUGCCACCUAUUUCUGUUAAUGCUUCUGCCUCUUGCACGCCUUUAGCGAUGUGUCGGGCUUCCCUGAAUACGGCGUGACAAUUUUUGGAUUGCCCACCUCCCUUAGGUCGGGCCGCCCGUUCUACUACUAAACUUUCCAGACCAUCUACUGACGACGGUUCUUCAAUGUCUACCCAAAAGCGAACUUCACAACACCCACUUCCUUUGCACACUGGGUUUACAAGUACACAGUGGACUAAAUUCUUUUCCCUACCACUGACAUCUCCAACUGAUUAUCUUUCUGACCAUAGUAUUGAUAAAGCCCUGUUAUGACACGUUGGCCAAAAUAUAUCCUUUCACACUCUUCAAAGAGGUGCGAGCAUCGUUACAGUUCAGAAUUCAGAACAUGCUCGUGAUCUUUCCCAUGUUACUUCCAUAGAUGACAUCCCAAUUACAGUUCACAAGCACGCUACUCUCAAUUCUUGCAGUGGUACUGUGGUUUUACCGUGUACCAUUGUACAGUGAGAUUUUCUGUCUUGAGGCCUCUUCAAGGGGGGCUCCUUGGCGUGGUGAAGGGGCUCUUGGUCUGAGGAAUUAGACCUGCCGGUCUCCUUCCUCAGACCAAACCUAAUUACCUCCCAAUCCCCCCUUCCCUAUCCCAUCCUCCCCUUUUCCGUUUCCUCCUCCCCCUCCCCACCCCUCCCUUUUGCCCUUCCUCUUUUUGGCCUUUGGGGUUUUUCCUACAGGCGCGCUAGUUCCUAGGUAGGGGAAAGGGUACCGGGGUCCAUCCCAUUCUGUUGAGGUUCUUGGCAGUGGCGUAGUUUGCCGUGGAAUCUGGAUCGCCUGGGGAUGUCCCGAUCCCUCUCCGGUAUCCCGGAGAGUGGCUUUGGGUGUCUUUCGGGCGACUGGUGUAUCUCUGGAAGCCACCUUUCGGAUUCUGGGGGCGGUGGCCGAAGGAGGUAUGCUUUGUGGCGGAUAUCCGGCCGCCCUCUCUUUUGUCCACCGAGGUAGCUCGGCAGAUGUGAGGUUGCUAUCCCGGAUUGCUGGUUUACUGGCAUGAUGGGUAGGGUAUGGCACGGGUUCCAUGCUGCAUCUACGCUACUUGCGGUGCUGGGGUCCUCUUGGGCGCGGAGGGAGAUUUCUGGACCUUUCAUUCCUCCUAGGAACUAUCCCUCCCCGGUCCCCCCUUUUUUUAUUCUUUUUUUUAUUUUUAUUUUCUUUUUCUUUUUUUCUUAAAAACAAAAAGAAAGAAGUAAUCUAACCAUGGAGAACCCAAUCCAUGAACCUGGUACCCCUGGGCCCCUUCUUGAUACCGCACCCCGUUCUGACCCCGCCUCGUCUUUGGACCACUCUUCGGACACUCCUCAUGCCUCUGUACCUCUUGCUGGUGCUGUUUCCUCACCCGCUUCAGGUACUGAGGUCUCAACUGACUCCUUCGAUUUAUCUGACCUCCGCUCUCCUUUGACUAUGCUUCCGGCCUCUCCCUCUACGGUGCGGCAAUUUUCGAAUCACCAGCCCAUUCCACGUCGGACCAACUCUGGUCACACGACUAAAUGCCAACGACAAUUACCUGCUGAUGAUACUUCUACACCUUCUCAUUCUUCUCAGAAAAGAUCGACACGUCCUGCACUCCCUUUCCACACUCAGUUUCAGACUGCACAAUGGACUAAAUUCUUCACUUUACGACCGACUUCCUCUACCGCCUAUCUUUCCGACCACAGUAUUGGCAAGGCACUCCUACGCCAUGUUGGUAAAGAUAUUUCUUUUCAUGCUCUUAAGAGCGGUACGCGCAUCAUCACGGUACAGAAUGCUACCCAAGCUCAUGAUCUUUCUCUUUUUCCCAUAUAGAUACUGUUCCUGUCACUAUUGAAAAACAUCAUUCCCUCAAUUCUUGUAGUGGUACCAUCAUUCUGCCCCAUACCAUAGUUCAACAAAAUUUCCAGACAUGUGGCAAUGACAUUCUUGAACAGCUGGAACUCCAAGAUCUCCCAAUCCUCAAGGUAGACACUUACGUUCUUCCUGCCCGCGGGCGGAGACGAUACCCUAGCAAUGUGGCUCAUUUAACUUUUGACAGCCGUGAACUCCCAUCCUCAGUUUAUGUAGCAGGACAUAGGUUACAAGUUCGAAAGGUGAUCCCUACACCGCAACAGUGUAGAAAUUGCUGGCGAUUUGGCCAUCCAGCGAAAUAUUGCAGAUCCAUAGCCGAAUGCCCAGUCUGUGGUGCCGAUGACCAUUCUAAUACGUCUUGCAAUCGACCUCCCUCUUGCCUUAAUUGUCAUGAGGCUCACCCUUCAUACUCUCGCCGUUGCCAAGUCUACUUAAAUGAGCGGGAAAUCCGUUACCUCAAAGAGGCAGAAGGUCUCCUUUAUGCCAUGGCAGUUUCUCAUCUCCGCCUCCAAGGGAGACUACCUCGUGUUUCUUAUUCCCGUGUUUCAAAACGUCCCCCCAC